AUGCAAUGCACGAAAGUCACGUGGUCUGUCAAUCUCUAUAGCCGAGCGGGAUCAGAGCAGCAGCAUUUGCAUUCCAGUAAGAAGAAGAAGACGAGGAAGGAAAGCUACACCAUCUACGUGUACAAGGUGCUGAAGCAGGUGCACCCGGACACCGGCAUCUCCUCCAAGGCCAUGAGCAUCAUGAACUGCUUCGUGAACGACGUCUUUGAACGCCUCGCGGCGGAGGCAUCCCGCCUGGCUCAGUACAACGGCCGCUCCACCAGCAGCUCCCGGAAGAUCCAGACCGCCGUGAGGCUGCUGCUGCCCGGAGAGUUGGCCAAGCACGCCGUGUCUGAGGGCACCAAGGCCGUGCACCAGCUCCAAGUGAAAAACCGGCGGGGACUGUGA